CAAAAGUUGAUAUUUUUUAUAAAAGUUUUCAUAUUUUAUCUAAACGAAAAAUUUUAAAAAAGAUAAAUUUUUAAACAAUAAAAUAAUUAAACUGAGACAAAAAUGAUUGCUGGAGGUCAUGGCGAAGCAAAUCCAAAUAAAUCAUGGGUAAAUUCCCGUGGAUUUUGGCUCGCUUACAUUUUAGGAGUGACAAUUUUGCAUCUAUGUCUCCUUUGUAUCCCAUUUCUGAGUGUUGCAAUGGCAUGGACUCUUACAUGCCUUAUUCACAAUCUUGCCCAUCUAUUUUUCUUGCAUUCUAUUAAAGGUCAUCCUUGGAUGAGCAUUGAUACAGGAAGUGCAAGAUCUCUGACACAUUGGGAGCAAAUUGAUGAUGGACAACCUUUUACUGAAGCACGAAAGUUCUUGACAGCAGCUCCAAUCGUCAUAUUUUUACUUGCUUGCCUGUACACAAAAAAUGAUCAAGAUCAUUUUAUUGCUAAUUUCUUGUCAUUGAUUGUUGUUUUGCUGCCAAAAUUACCACAAUUUCAUGGCGUUCGACUUUUUGGUAUCAACAAAUAUUAAAUAUUUGCACUAAUUGACAUUUUUUCUUGAACGAAUGAAUUUUGUAAAUUUUUGUAAUCGAAUACAUUUGUUAUCAACUUAUUAACGAGACUGAAAAAAAUAAAA